AUGCCUUCGGACGUAUGGAUGGAAGAGGGUCAAGACACCAUUGACAACCGUAGCGCCAUUGCGUUGACACGGCCUCCAGAUCCUUCUGACUGGAAACGGUUCCUUGCAAACGCAGCGUUUGUUACGUCUUUCAAGAGGUUUGGGCUGGCUCCUGACCUCGAUGACGACACUUACCGAACGAUCUGCCUCUACCGACCGGGGCCGGGACCCCUAUUGCCAAACCUCCAUGAGCUGGUAUGGGAGGAGGCCGAUGCGGACGUGUUUGAGUACGGCUAUCAGUUCCUUGGGCCAAAGUUGACCACCCUACACAUCGGACAGCCACCGAGCGACACCCUCCUCCUCCCCAUCCUCCGGUCCCUGCAUGUGAAAUGUCCGCAGAUCCGCCACUUGUCGGUUCAAUGUCGCUCAAGUGUAGGACCAGUGGACCCGAUCGUCUCCAGAGCAGUGAAGCAACUGCUACAUCUGGAGACAAUUGACCUCUCCCUGCCGCUCUUUGACGACGCUCUCGAACACCUGGCCACUCUCCCGAACCUGACCGUUGCCAAAUUAUUUUUACCGCGAGACACGGAGCUACACGAGCGGCUUACGACCAUACCGGCUCCUAUAUUCCCUCGUCUCACCAUCCUCCACGUUAGCGUGAUACGCCUGGAGCCGUCCCUCACUUACCUAGUUGACCUCAUCUCAUCCUGUCAACUCUCCGACGUCCGAUUGAGUGCGGCCCAUGACCCUUCCAGCGUCUCUCUGAACAGUUUCCUGACGGCGCUCAGCCGAUGUCCGAGCAGCGACGUACUAUCCGCUGUAAAUCUCUCCUUCCCCAUGUCCUCCAGCAUUCCCCUCAUGCGAUCGCUGAACGCCGUUCCCCCUCAUGACCACCCGGAAUGCACACUUGACAUAUCCACAUUCAAACCUAUCUUAUCGGGCCCGGAGCUCACUGACCUCGACGUUACCUCGUUUUUCCUACGUCUGGACGACGAAUUCAUUCGCACAUUGGCCGCGGCCUGCCCAAGGUUACAAUCGCUACGCCUCGUGCCCCCCUAUUACUCGGGACGCUUACCGGAGGUGACCCUGGACGGCCUACUGCCUCUCUUCCGCUCCUGUUCCGACCUCGAGAGUCUCUCCCUUCCAAUCAACGCCACAGAAGCCCCGAGCGAUUUCACCGGGUGCAUGCACGACUCGCAGCUCCUCACCCUGGACGUCGGCGACUCUCCCAUCCGUUUCGCAGACGAAGUCGCCGCAUUCCUCUCCGCUCAUUGCACACACCCAUCCUUCGAGAUCAUUGCGGCGCAGGCCCUCGAGGGCGACAGCAAUCCAGAGCACAUCCGGAUGCGAGAGCUGCAUUGCGUGAUGUGGAACCAGGUUGCUCGCCUCGUCCGGCUGUUUGCGAAGGUGCGUAGCCAGGAACGCGAACACUGGAUGGGGCGGGGCAGUAACCCAUGA